AUACUUUACGAGGAUAUCAAAGAUUCGUACAGAGAAGUGCACAAUAUCGUGUUUACUGGGAAAAUGAAAAUAGUGAUGUUUAAAGCUUGGAGAUUUAAAGAAAGAUCGCUAAGAUGUUAGGGUUAAAGACACUAGAAUUUGUAAGCGUUUUGAUUCAUGAUGUUGCAGAAUCGAAGUUUUUGUUGACAAGUAUUCCGGAAAAGGGAUUAUGGCUGCCGACAGGAACGAAAGGCGAUGGGGAAACCCUUCAAAGUGUGGCGCUUCGAGUUGCAAACGAGGUGACGGGUCAGGAUGUCAAAGUGAAGGGACUACUGAAGACCAGCUUCAUACACUUUGUCAACUCGCCGUCAGUUGUGUUGGUAACAUUUCUGAUGCAUCCAGUGGAUAGACCGGACCUGUGUGCAAGGGAAGCUGUCUGGUUGAGCGAAGAACAAACUGAAGACAAGCUGAAAUCCUCCGAACUGUUAGGAACAGAACCAAUCAAUUUUAUCCAACAAGUACAGAAUGGAGCCACUCUGACCAACACCCUCAGCGAGACAAAUGUGGAGUACGUGGACACAGACUCUAUCACAGACUCGUCACAGAUAACAGCACAGGAAGCGCUCAUUAAAUCGGCCAAGUUUGGCAAAAAAGAACAAGAUCUGUUUUUCCAAGAGUUCAUGAGCUGGUGUUUACCGAGUCAGACGAUGAACUUUGAAGUGUUUCGAGCUUUCAUCACUCACAAAGGAGCCAGGGCAGACCUUGUCGAGGAUUUCUUCAGGGCGUUUGACACACACAAGCGACGGAUACUCAACUUUAAAGAAGUGUUAUUAGGUUUAGCUGCGAUGGAGCCGAGCACUCAACAUGGUGGGAUGCCAGCAGAGAUGAGAUGCAGAUAUAUUUUUCGGUUUUACGACAAAAAUAUGGAUAAUUUCUUACAAUUUUCAGAAUUCAGGGAAAUGGUGCGUGAUAUUCGUCAAACUAAGGGUCUACCAACGGACGACGAAGCUGUCUCUGAAGAUGCCAUGAAAAAUGCCAAAUGUUUCGGUACCGAGACGAAGAACAAAUUGCCAAUUGGGGAGUUUUUGACUGCUGUAGGUCAGCUUAAAUUCCGAGGGACAUCAGUACUGUUUCGUCUCUCACAUUCCAGUCUAACCACCUUAAAGGGUUCUUCAGACGGGGCUUCCAAUUCUUCGUCCCCUGUGAAAGAGGAGGAAACGGAACCGCCUUCCAAGAGGUAUCGUCCCAAACUGAUGGACGCAAUGAAGCUCUCACCACCACGGAAACUCAAUAUGACAGAUCCUGAUGCAGAUGUGUUCAAAUUACCAGAGGGUAGACCUGUAAUGUCGAGUAAACACCACGGUCCUCAGCCCAAGUACGAAUUGGCCACACACACAGUCAAAGUGAGGCGGACCGGCUUUCUGUCCGACGUCAUCAAACUGUGGGACCUCCAAGGUACGACAGCCGUAGCUGAAAGUGCUGUGAGUCACCUCGAAGGAGACAUUUCGCGCUUCCAAAGAAUGUCCUCCAUAGACUCCUUCAACCAGAGAUCUCACCCCAAUGAGAUGCUGACGGGACUUCGUUAUUUUGAGCGAUCCAUAAAGGGAGACAACGGAAACCAAGCAAAGAGUCAGCACGAUUGGGGCCAAGUUGAGCGGGGCGCCCUCGCCAAAUGUUUGUUGACCUUGUGUCGGCAGGUCAAGGACACACUAAGCAGUGAACCGAGACUGAUCAAGUUAAAAUCACCCGUCUAUAUCCUCGGGGAUAUUCAUGGAAACUACCGAGAUUUGGUUUGUUUUGAGAAAGCACUGUGGAGAAUGGGCCCUCUUCUUACCCCAGCAUCAUUCCUGUUCCUCGGGGACUAUGUCGAUCGAGGGGAGUACGGCGUAGAGGUCGUGUCAUAUUUGUUUGCACAAAAGCUACUGGCUCCCGGAAAAUUUUAUCUACUGAGAGGCAAUCAUGAGCUGAGAAGUGUUCAGGAAAUGUUCUCAUUUAAAUCGGAAUGUCUGUCGAAAUUUGGAGAUUCCAUUGGCCUGCAGAUCUGGGAAGCGGUGAAUGACUGUUUUGAUGUGAUGCCUAUUGCUGCUACUGUAGAUGAUAGGGUGUUUUGUGUACAUGGUGGAAUUCCCAGUACGGACAAUGAUGGUGGCUAUAUAGAAAGAAUCAACAAAGUGCCUGUACCCCUGAAAGAUCCCGAGAUCGACUGUCCGCUGGCCUGGGAGAUUCUCUGGAGUGAUCCUGUCAGCAAUGACCUGUUGACCCCUGACACCUUGAAGGAUUUACAGGAUCAUGAUGGCUUUAUCUACAACACAAGACGCGGCACUGCACACUUCUUCUCCUGUGACGCUCUAAUGAGCUUUCUCGACCGAAACAACCUGUCGCAUGUCAUACGCGCCCACGAAGUACAAGAAAAUGGAUUCCAGGUCCAGCAGAAGGGGAGAUUACUCACUGUAUUUUCCUCCUCUCACUACUGCGGAGGAUCGAACGAGGCAGCAUGUGUCCUAGCCGACAACUUCAAGCUCCGUAUGAUUCGCAUUGACACCACUUGAUUCUGAAGAUCACAUCAAAAUGUGCCCUCAAACUUCAUCUCGUAGAAAUUCAGAAAAGUUAAGAUCCGGAUACAUUGGGGACUUUCUCCCAGGGAGUUCCGAUGGAUAUUUCGUUGAAAAUGCAGCUUAUAAUGUACAUGUUGCUUGAUAUUGAUUUGCUCUUAUGUCACUAAAAUGUUACAAUUGUUUACCAGUUAAAGUUUGUAUGAAUCUGCUGAAAUUUGGCAUUGUUAUGCCAUUACUGGUUCACAUGCACUGUGAAAGUUAAUUGUGAUGAAGAUUUUCCGAGUGAUGAAUUUAAAGAGGAUUUCUGGUAUAAGUCUUGCCAAUGAUAUGUACAAAGUUAUUGAUACAUACUGUGUAGGUAUAGUUAAUCCAGCCAUCUCUAUUCCUGUUAGCUAUGGCUGUAUAUGAUUCUGAACACAGGGGCUUGGCACGAUGUUCCAAAUGAUGGUCAAAUAUAUAUGUAUUAUAUUGUCUUACAAUAGAUAU